GAUUCCCCACCGGCACCCAGCGAUUGCUGAGUAUCACUGACAGAGGAGAGACCGGUGUGUAAACAACGCAGAUCUCUCUCCUGUCAGCGAGGACAUUCUGCUGUGUAUCUCUCUGCACAGCAUAGCCAUACAAAGCAGUGUGCUUACAGUGUAAAGCACAGACACAGCACACAGUUAACCCUUUGAUCGCCCCAGAUGUUAGUCCCCUUCCUGCCCAGUGCCAUUAGUACAGUGUCAGUGCAUUUUAUUAGCACUGAUCACUAUAUUGAUGUCACUGGGUAUGUCAGCGACACCAAGUCAGUCCCCCCCCCCAGUGUCAGAAUGUCCGCCGCAGUCCCGCUAUAAGUCGCUGA